AACGGCAGCAGCAUCAAGAACUUUCCCAACGCUGCCAAACAUGGGUGUACCAUUUGAUUAUUCUCCGGACCGACCGGAGCACAUUGACAAUAUUCUCAAUGGUCUGGACAGAUAUAAUCCGGAGACUACGGGUGUCUUCCAGGACUACGUGAGCCAGCAAUGCGAAGAGAGAACGUACGAUUCCUACGCCAAUCUGGCUCUGCUGAAGCUUUACCAAUUCAAUCCUCAUCUCGCCCGCGAUGAAACCAUCACGAAUAUCCUCGUCAAAGCUUUGACCGUCUUCCCUGCUCCUGACUUCAGCUUGUGCCUCCACCUUCUCCCGCCUCACGUCCUCACACCUGUCUCAACCGCCAACCUCAGCCCUGCUGCCGGUGAUGCUCCUCUCUCGGAGGCCGUGCAGAAGCUCAACAUCCUUAGCAACCACCUCUCUUCUGCCUCCUACGCCAGCUUCUGGAGUACACUCGACAGUGACGACCUCUAUGCUGAUCUCAUCGCCGACGUCAGCGGCUUUGAGGAACUCAUGCGCAUUCGGAUCGCUGUGACUGUCAGCCAGUGCGUAAGAGAGAUUGAGAGGAACGUUCUGGAGAGCUGGCUGCGACUGUCAGGCCAGGAGUUCGAGAAGUUUGUCAAGGAAGUCUGUGGCUGGGAGAUCAGCGGCAAGUCCGUCCGGGUACCUCUGAACAAGGAGAACGAGGCCAAGGGCACUGUCGUGAGAGAGAACGUGAAGUUUGACCAAUUCUCAAGGAUGGUCAAACGGGCUUAUGAGCAGCCUGCAUAAUGGAAUUUCGCCUCUUUUUUUUUUUUUUUUUUUUUUUU